AGAAGCGGCGCGAUCAUGGCGGAGCGCGGUCAGCUACCUCCACCCGCGAAGCGCCUCUGCUGCAGACCCGGCUACGGCUCGGGAUGCAGGCCGGGCGGGCGGGUGGGCGGCGCCGGCCCCGGCAGCGGAGCGCUCUGUGCCGGCCCCAGCUCCGCAGUCGCCGCCGCCGCCCUGGGGCUGCUGCCGCUGGGCAAGACGCAGAGCCCCGAGUCCCUGCUAGACAUCGCGGCUCGUAAGGUGGCGGAAAAGUGGCCCUUCCAGCGGGUGGAGGAGCGGUUUGAGCGGAUCCCGGAGCCGGUGCAGCGCAGGAUCGUCUACUGGUCCUUCCCCCGCAGCGAGAGGGAGAUCUGCAUGUACUCCUCCUUCAACACCGGCAGCGACGACCCUGCCGCCGUUCCCGGGGGGGCCGCCGCGCCCGGCGGGGCAGCGGACGCCGCCGACGAAAACCGCCUGCCCUUCCGCAGGGGCAUCGCGCUGCUCGACGGCGGCUGCGUCGAUAACGUCCUGCAAGUCGGUUUCCACUUGAGUGGCACAGUGACAGAACCUGCAAUGCAAUCGGAGCCAGAAACUGUUUGCAAUGUAGCUAUCAGCUUUGAUCGUUGCAAGAUUACCUCAGUGACCUGCAGCUGUGGAAACAAGGACAUAUUUUAUUGUGCCCAUGUUGUGGCACUCUCUUUAUACCGGAUCCGCAAGCCAGAUCAGGUCAAACUGCAUCUUCCCAUUUCAGAGACGCUCUUUCAAAUGAACAGAGACCAACUACAAAAAUUUGUACAGUAUUUGAUCACAGUGCACCAUACAGAAGUUUUGCCAACUGCUCAAAAGUUAGCAGAUGAAAUUCUUUCUCAGAAUUCAGAAAUCAAUCAAGUCCAUGGUGCUCCUGACCCAACAGCAGGUGCUAGCAUAGACGAUGAAAACUGCUGGCAUUUGGAUGAGGAACAGGUCCAAGAACAAGUUAAACUCUUCCUAUCCCAGGGCGGAUACCAUGGAUCAGGGAAGCAGCUCAAUUUACUUUUUGCAAAGGUGCGAGAGAUGCUUAAGAUGAGAGAUUCAAACGGAGCUCGCAUGUUGACGUUAAUAACGGAACAGUUCAUGGCUGACCCUCGUUUGGCACUUUGGAGACAACAAGGAACUACAAUGACUGACAAGUAUAGGCAGCUCUGGGAUGAACUGGGUGCUCUGUGGAUGUGUAUAGUCUUAAAUCCCCACUGCAAGUUGGAGCAGAAGGCCAGUUGGCUAAAACAGCUGAAAAAAUGGAACAGUGUGGAUGUUUGUCCCUGGGAAGAUGGAAACCAUGGAAACGAGCUGCCCAAUUUAACCAAUGCUUUGCCUCAGGGUGCAAAUGCUAACCAAGAUUCAUCGAGCAGGCCCCAUCGGACGGUGUUCACUCGAGCCAUUGAGGCAUGCGAUCUUCACUGGCAGGACAGCCACUUACAGCACAUUAUCAGCAGUGACCUAUACACCAACUACUGUUACCAUGACGACUCUGAAAACUCUCUCUUUGACUCUCAUGGGUGGCCCCUCUGGCAUGAACAUGUUCCUACUGCCUGUGCAAGGGUGGAUGCAUUACGAUCUCAUGGAUACCCAAGAGAAGCACUGAGGCUAGCAAUAGCUAUUGUUAAUACACUAAGAAGGCAGCAGCAGAAACAACUGGAAGUGUUCCGGGCUCAGAAGAAAGAACUUCUCCACAAAGGAGUAACCUCAGUAACGAAUCUUGAAGGUUGGGUGGGGCAUCCUUUGGAUCCAGUUGGCACUCUCUUCAGCAGCCUAAUGGAAGCCUGCAGGGUGGAUGAUGAAAGCUUCCAUGGAUUUGCAGACUUCAUAGAGAACAUGGGGCAAUGCAAAUCUCUGGAGUACCAGCACCUGCCUGCACACAAGUUCUUAGAAGAAGGGGAAUCGUAUUUAACGCUGGCUGUGGAAGUAGCAUUGAUAGGGCUGGGACAGCAACGAAUAAUGCCAGAUGGCUUGUAUGCACAAGAGAAGGUUUGUCGAAAUGAGGAGCAACUCAUUUCUAAGCUACAGGAAAUUGAAUUGGAUGAUACUCUGGUGAAGAUUUUUCGAAAACAAGCAGUCUUCCUAUUAGAAGCUGGACCAUAUAGUGGAUUAGGGGAAGUCAUUCAUCGAGAGAGCGUUCCAAUGCACACAUUUGCCAAGUAUCUCUUCACCUCUCUCCUACCUCAUGAUGCUGAAUUGGCAUACAAAACUGCACUGAGAGCCAUGCGGUUGCUAGUAUUGGAAUCUACAGCUCCUUCAGGAGACAUGUCCCGCCCACACCACAUUGCAUCAGUUGUUCCAAACCGGUAUCCCCGCUGGUUCACUCUAAGUCACAUUGAAUCCCAGCAGUGUGAGCUGGCGUCAACCAUGUUAACAGCAGCCAAAGGUGAUGUUCGGAGGCUGGAAACAGUGUUAGAAUCCAUACAGAAAAACAUACACUCUUCAUCACACAUCUUCAAACUUGCCCAGGAUGCAUUUAAAAUAGCAACACUCAUGGACAGCUUGCCUGACAUCACUCUUCUAAAAGUUUCUCUGGAGUUGGGCCUUCAGGUGAUGCGGAUGACACUGUCAACACUGAAUUGGCGACGGCGGGAAAUGGUGAGGUGGCUGGUAACAUGUGCAACAGAAGUAGGUGUUUAUGCACUGGAUAGCAUCAUGCAAAACUGGUUUACACUAUUCACUCCAACCGAAGCCACUAGUAUUGUUGCUACAACAGUGAUGUCCAACGGCACCAUUGUCCGUCUGCAUCUGGACUGCCAUCAGCAGGAGAAGCUGGCCAGCAGUGCUAGGACGCUUGCUCUACAGUGUGCCAUGAAGGAUCCCCAAAACUGUGCCCUCUCUGCACUGACCUUAUGUGAAAAGGAUCAUAUAGCUUUUGAGACCGCUUACCAAAUUGUUCUAGAUGCUGCUACAACCGGCAUGAGCUACUCGCAGCUUUUUACUAUAGCGCGAUACAUGGAGCACCGCGGCUACCCUAUGCGGGCCUACAAGCUGGCCACUUUGGCCAUGACACAUCUCAACCUGAGUUACAAUCAGGACACACACCCUGCCAUUAAUGACGUUCUGUGGGCAUGUGCGCUCAGCCACUCCCUUGGGAAAAAUGAGCUAGCAGCUAUAAUACCUCUGGUGGUCAAAAGUGUCAAAUGUGCAACAGUACUAUCAGACAUUUUGCGUAGGUGUACUUUGACCACUCCUGGCAUGGUGGGACUUCAUGGAAGGAGGAACUCUGGUAAGCUCAUGUCACUGGACAAAGCCCCUUUAAGGCAACUCUUGGAUGCCACGAUUGGAGCCUACAUUAAUACGACUCAUUCACGUCUCACUCACAUCAGCCCUCGACACUAUAGUGAGUUUAUAGAGUUCCUCAGCAAGGCUCGAGAGACCUUCUUAAUGGCUCAUGAUGGACACAUCCAGUUUACACAGUUCAUUGACAACCUAAAACAAAUCUACAAGGGCAAAAAGAAACUGAUGAUGUUGGUUCGUGAGCGGUUUGGUUGAUGAAAAUGUGUGAAUGGGGGGGGGCUGAGGGAGGGAAGGGGUGGUUUGUUUUUACUUGAGCCUGCCUUUGUAUCCUUUUUAACUUAAAGAAACAGAGCCACACCGGUAUUAUAUGUGUAUAGUUAUAUUGAGUUUGCAAACUAAACUGUCAUGUUGUGGAAGUUUGUGUGUUUAAUUUUUUUCCUUUUUUCUGUUUUGUGUGAGAGAGAGGUUAAAAAAGGUUUGGUUUACACUGAGUAUAUGUUGUCAAGUGGCAAAAGCCCACAUUGCUCUCCUGUUCUUUCUGUAUACGUUCACAGCCUCAAAAACAAACGUAUAUUGCAAUGGCUUUAAAAACCAAACAAAACACCUCCAUCCUGUGAUAAGUACCUCGAAUGGAUUCAGCUUUACUCCUUUGUAACUCAUCCUUACAUUUCAGCAUAUUUAAACAAGCCAACAAAUGAAAUACUAAUAGUUAAAAGGCUGACCACGUGGCUUUGCAGUGCUGUUCAUCCAGAAGCAUGGCACACAAUGCUUGUGCAUGUGGAAACUUAGCGACUGUCAACAUACAUUCUCAGGGAUUUAUCAAAAAAAUUAAAAAAAAGAAUGAGAGCAUUUAUUGUACUGUAUAUAUAUUAUAGUAUAUGUCUGAAUAUUGAAAAAUAUAACAUUAACUAAUUUAUAAAAAAAUCUAUGUAAUGCAAAAUACUUGAAGCUGCAGUAGCUUGGUUUUAAACAAAAAAGAAAACCUAUCAGAAGGACUAAAGUGCGCCUUGCUUCAGGGUUGGCUCAGGUGGUGAACUAUAUGCUGGGCAUCUAUGCAGAGCCACCUUUUGGAUUGCAUGGUUGGACUGAUAACUAAUGGGGAAAAUUUUAUAUAUAUAUAUUUAUACAACCCGUGUAUACAUACAUAUGUAUACACACAUACACACAUGCUUGUAACAGGCACUAUAGUAAAGAGGGACAACAAAAAAUACACAGCCAGAGCAGCAAGCCUUAGCAUUAAGAAUACAGUAUGCCAGAAUUGGGGUUUGUGCCUCCUAGCCUAGAAAACUUAAAAGAAAUAUCCUUUUUGACACAAAACACAAAAUGUUUUCCAAAAUGAUUGACGUGAUACAUUACGCCUUUGCAGUGAGCUAAUAAUAAGCUAACCUUUGUGCACAAAUAACAUAUAUAUAUAUAUUAUAUAUAUAUAUUCUGCAUAGGUAUUUUGACUUUGUGCAGGACAGAAAGUUGUGUAGGUAUGACUGUUCUACUUUUCAGUUUGUUUUUUUAAUAUAUUUUAUUUUCUCUAGAAUUACUCAGACAAAAGCAGCCUUCUAUCUUGCCUUGUCUUAAUGCUUUAAAAUAACCAAACUGGAGAUCUAACUACCAAACUGUUCAUUAUAUUAUUAAAUACCAACUUUGGUUACAGUAUAGUGUCUUUACUUUAGCUGAUGGUUCUGUAUCCUUGUGCUUUUUAAAGCAGUUUUUAUGUUUUGGUGCAAAAGUUGUCCAGUGUCUCUUGUUCCCUUCAUUAGAGAACAUGCUAGAGGUAUGUUUGUAGGUAUUUUUGUUUAGAAAAACUAUUUCAUGCUCUCCAUUUUAUUUAUUAUAAUAGGUAAAAAGGUUGUACUUCAUCACCCAUGUAAACAUGCUCAUGAAGUUGAAAGUAAUUAAGAUUUGAUACACUGAUAUCAAUUUAUUUAUGUAACUAAAUCACUGUUUUAUAAACUUGUUAAUGAUCAACAAUUUUUUUGUUUUGAUUAAAAUUAGUUUUUUGAAAGUUGA